GUAGCCUGACAUAAUGACGAAAGGCGUGGUUAUGCUCUGUAGGCUCCUGCUGAGGUGCCCACCUGCCUUCACUUCGCAUUUUUGUCAUCGUUCCAAUAGUUUUAAUGUCGUUUAAUUUAAGUGUAUGUUGUUACCAUAUUGGGGAUUCAGACGUAUCUCUUUCCUCUCUAGAAAUAGUCUUCAACGGCUGUUGUAGGCUACACAGCCUUCUCACGCGUCGGAGUGAGCGGAUGAACCUUCACGACUCCAGCCAUAAUAAACAAGACCAGUAAAAAGGCUUGCUUGGCAUCGAGGAUCAGAUAGCGGGAGAAUCUGACUGGUUGAUGUUCAGGAUUUUUCGACGCACAGGUCGUGCCCACAGCGGUUCGAAAGAAUGGAUUAUGCUAACAUCUCCAAAAGAUUCGUCGUCUUACUUGUGCUCGCGUCUGUUUUACUUUUAGUACACAGCAAGAGAGCAAAACAGCCCCGUUGUCCAUCAUUAUGUACAUGUACCAAAGAUAAUGCGUUGUGUGAAAGCGCAAGAUCGAUUCCUCGCAGCUUCCCUUCAGAUGUCAUCUCAUUAUCAUUCGUAAAGUCUGGAUUCACUGAAAUCCCUAAAGAGAGCUUCAUACACACGCCCGCUUUGCAUCUCCUCCUUUUCACAGCCAACACCUUUGACUCUAUAAAUGAAGAUUCUUUCCUCGGACUUCCACACCUGGAAUACCUAUUUAUCGAAAACAAUGAAAUCAAGUCAAUAUCGCCAUAUGCUUUCCGGGGACUGAAAACCUUAGUCCACCUGAGCCUGGCCUACAACAAUCUACAGACGCUUCCCAAAGAUGUCUUUAAAGGUCUGGAGGCCUUGACGAAAGUAGACCUGAGAGGGAACCAGUUCAUAUGUGACUGUAAGCUCAAGUGGCUGGUGGAGUGGAUGGUUCACACCAACGCCACAGUGGACCAGAUCCACUGCAAAGGCCCAGCCUCCCACCUGGACAAGAAAAUCAAUGACCUGGUGCCCCAGUCUUUUGAUUGCAUCACCACAGAGUUUGCUUCCUACCAGUCUCUGAAGUUUGAGUCCAUCUCUGUGGAGGCCUUCACAUUCGGGAGUGACCAGUAUGUGGUCUUUGCUCAGCCUUUCAUUGGGAAAUGUAGCUUCCUGGAGUGGGAUCACGUGGAGAUGGUCUUCCGAAAUUAUGAUGAUAUUGAUAGCACCUCCACAGUGAUCUGCAAACCCCUGGUGAUUGACAACCAGCUCUUCAUUAUUGUGGCUCAGCUGUUUGGCGGCUCACACAUCUUCAAGCGUGACAUUUCUGCUAACAAAUUUAUCAAAAUUCAAGACAUCGACAUCCUCAAGAUCCGCAAGCCCAAUGACGUUGAGACAUUCCUCAUCGAUGGAGAAUCCUUCUUUGUCAUCGCCGACAGCUCCAAGGCCGGUUCCACCACCAUAUACAAGUGGAACGGUAAUGGGUUUUAUUCGCAUCAGUCCCUCCACCCCUGGUACCGGGACACGGACGUAGAGUAUCUGGAGAUCUCCACCAAGCCCCACCUGGUUCUGUCCAGCAGCUCCCAGAGGCCGGUCAUCUACCAGUGGAACAAGGGAACAAAGCUUUUCGAUCGGCGCACCGACAUCCCUGAGAUGGAGGAUGUGUAUGCUGUCAAGCACUUCCAGGUCAAGAGCGACCUCUACAUCUGCCUGACGCGCUUCAUCGGGGACUCCAAAGUGAUGCGCUGGGACGGUGCUCUCUUCCGGGAGGUGCAGACCAUGCCGUCGCGGGGCUCCAUGGUGUUCCAGCCUUUUGCUGUGGGAAGCUGGCAGUACGCCAUCCUGGGUAGCGACUACUCCUUCACCCAGGUGUACCGCUGGGAUGCCAAGAAGGGCCAGUUUGUCCACUUCCAGGAGCUCAACAUCCAGGCUCCCAGAGCCUUCUCUCCCGUUUCCAUCGACAACCGGCAGUUCCUGCUCGCCUCCAGCUUCAAAGGCAAGACCCAGAUCUAUGAGCACCUGAUCAUAGACCUAAGUGAUUGAUCGGUUGGUUGAUUGGUGGAUUGAUUGAUUGUUGUACAGAGAUGUUGAAGUGGAGAGGAUGAUGUUUGGACAGUAGUGAAUGGAAGUGGUUAAAUCCUAACUUGAGAAUAACAGACAUUACUCAAUCUUUUGCCAAUUUUUCCUUGACAUCAAUGCAUGGUUACCGCCAGAGUUAUGUGCAUGUGUCUCAAGUUGGGAUUAGACCCUGUGUUGUCAGACCACAAUGCAUGACCGGUCAUACCAUCUCAUCCUGGUGAAUGCAGCGCUUGAAAUAUUUUACAUCAUCUAGGAUUGGUUCGUAGGUUUGCGUUCUUUCUCAUGUGAUUCAACAUUGUACAUAUAUUUGCAAUAUCAUAUAUUUCUCAAGGAAAGAUAAUGAACAAACUGUACUUUUUAAUCUAUUUAUUACCUGUUUAGAUGAAGAUCUGCCAAAAGGAAAUGUUUACAUUUUUCUGUCUUUCCACUUAAAAGCAAAAUAAUUUGUAAAUGAAGCUUUUGUAAGUCUAAGAGGGACCAUGCCAGUUGGAUACUUGUUUGUUAAGGGGAUUGAUAUUGUGUUGAAAUUCAGUAGUUUGGAAAAAUGACGACUUACAUUUUCUGUGAGGAUUUUGAGUGGGGAUAAUACGUCCCUGCAACUUUCAAUUUAUAUUGUUGCUCAUUUGUACAACAUUUAAAGUAUUGAAAAGGUUAUUAACACAGUUUUUCAGAACAAGGUGUAAGAAAGAUAUUUAAGGAUGUUUUGACAAAUUUUCAACAUGGAUAAAUGUUAACUUUGACUAACACACAUAUGCAAAAUGUAACACUUGUGUCAUCCUAAAGACAAAGGCUGGAGAAAUGCCAUGUCAUUCAGAUUGAAUAAAAAGCUUAUGUCAUUGCAAUAUUGUAUUAUUUGACUGUUCUAUUUUAGCUGACACUUACUGUCAAGUUACUGAGGUAUUAACUUUUGCACAUUUGUCCUUAAAAGUCAAACUUCUCAAUUUAAUUAUACUGUAUUACUGGAAUAAGUGUGAAAACCGAAUGCAGAGUACAAACAAAUA